CAUUUUUUAUAAUAACGCGCUGAGCCGUAAUCUAUUUCGAAGAAACGACACCAGUCUUUAAGAUUACUCUGCUUCUUCUUUACUCUCUUUUGUGUACUCUCUCCGUUGCUGUCUUCGUGGGUAGCUUCAUCUCUAAGCACUCUCCAAACCUUUACACUCUCCUUCUUCACAGUUCUUAUGGCAGAUUUAGUAGCCCGAUGCUCUUCCUCUUCGUCAUCUGAAAGAGAGCGUAUUUGAACAGCGAGGGUUUGGUAGAAGAAGGAAAGAUGUCGUCGAGAGGAGGAGGAGCCGGUUCCUCCGAUCAGCGUCCGCCGUUGAGGCCAACCAUGCGGACGCAGACGGCUGGGAAUCUCGGAGAGACAAUCUUUGAUAAUGAAGUGGCGCCACCGUCUUCGCUUGUUGAUAUUGUGCCUAUUCUCCGUGUGGCUCAUGAAGUUGAAUCGAGUAGCCCAAGAGUUGCUUUUCUCUGCCGCUUUUAUGCCUUUGAGAGCUCAUAGAUUGGAUCCCACUUCUAGUGGACAAGGUGUUCACCAAUUUAAAACGGCCCUCCUUCAGCGCCUCGAAAGUGAGAAUGAUCCAACAUUACAGGGAAGAAGGGAAAAAACUGAUGUGCGUGAAUUGCAGAGGUUUUAUCAACAAUAUUACAACAAAUAUAUACAACCAUUGCAAUAUGCUGCUGACAAAGCUGAUCGUGCAAAGCUUACCAAGGCAUACAAAACUGCUGAAGUUCUUUUUCAGAUUUUAAAGGUUGUUAAUCCGUCGGUGUGUGGAGUUGAUCCUGAGGUGAUGUGACAUACGACUUUGUGUCUUUCCGAGGGCAUGCUUAUAUUCCACUUGAAUGACUGAUGAAACUGUUAUAGUAUUAAAAUUUUAAAUUAGACAAAUUCUCACCAAUAUAUCUGUGUAUCAGUGUAUUCAAUCAAUUUUCAAUUCAAUAAUAGAGUCAUAUGCUUAUA